GUGAUGCGAUAGAGGAAAAUACAAGUUCGUUCAAAGUCACCAAUCUUGCAGUAGGAGAAAAGCGUAUAGGAAGGAUAUGGAAUUUCCCCAUUUAGGACAGCAUUGUACACUAAAGACUUGCAAGCAAUUAGAUUUUCUUCCAAUGCAGUGUGAUGCUUGCAGUGAAACAUUUUGCAAGGAUCAUGUAAGAUAUGCAGAUCACUCAUGUGAACAAGCUUAUAAAAAGGUUAAUCAAGUUCCAAUAUGUCCUUUAUGUCAUACACCAGUACCAGUACCAAGAGGAGAACAACCAGAUAUAAAGGUUGGUGAACAUAUUGACAGGGAUUGUCAGUCAGAUCCGGCAGUGAAAAAGAGAAAUGCAUUUGUAAACAAAUGCAGUGUUAAAGGUUGCAAGCAAAAAGAGCUAAUAAAAGUUCAAUGCGAAUCAUGUCGAGAAAACUUUUGUCUAAAGCACAGACAUGAGCAGGACCACAGUUGUUCAUCAUUGCAUACUGCUAAGCCGAUUUCUAGUACCUCUAGGGAGAGAAAGGUAAGACCUACUCAGCAAGGAACAAGUACGUUGUUACAGCCAUCUACGCUCAAUGAAGAUGAAGCUUUGGCUUUUGCUAUCCAAGCAUCACUUAACGUCGAAACUGGCUCAAACCAUACUACGAAAGAGGCUCCCAGAACCUUAACAGCUCAGGAAGAGGAAGAUUUAGCACUGGCACAGGCACUUGUCCAGUCUGAAAAAGAAGAAUCAGAACGACAACUGGCUGAGCAAGGAAGAAGCGAGAAAAAGUUGGAUUGCAAGCUUUCUUAAACAAAAAGAUAUCAUAUUAAUAUAUAUAGAACUUCUAAAAAAUUGUUCACUAAAGACAUGUAAGGAAAAUAAGCACAAGUAAUUGAAGUUUAUUCAGGAGAAAAUGGCCAUGAUGUGUACUGAGAAUAAUAACGUAACAGACCUUUUCGGCUUGGUCUUAAUUUUUUCCCCAUUUCAGAGCACUUGUCAUUCCCUAGAGUAUCAUUUCUUUGUUUGACGGUUGUGCAUGAGAAGUCAUGAAUACAACUAAAAGAAUUAUUUUCUCAGGACUUUUACAAAUUUCCCCUCGUUAUUCUGGCACAUUUAAUCCCUUAUAUAGUACAUAGUACACUCAACAAAAUUACUCGACUCUGAUUGGUCGAGAGGAGUACAAUCAUAGCGUUAAUUGUACUCCGUAGGAGUACCGAAUUAAGUCGCUAUGGCAACGCGGCCAAAACAAUGU